UUACACAGGAUUGCCUUCUGUGCAAGUGUUUUACGAUAUACUAAAUUUAGUUUUGAACAAUAACCCUCGGUUUGCAAUAGACAUAAAGAGCAGGUCACUCAGUGCUGCCGAGCAGAUGUAUGCAGUACUGGUUCGCUUAAGGACAGGUAUGGCCACACGAGAGAUUGCUCGCAAUUUUUUAAUUUCAAUGCCAUCAUUCAGUCGUAUAUUUUCAGAAUGGGUACUUAUAUUGCAGAAGUUUCUCACUGAAAUAACUAGCUUCCCCACACUUCCUGAAGUACAACAGCACAUGCCACUUCAUUUUAGACGGUACCCAAACACACGUAUAAUACUUGACACAACAGAAAUCCGUAGACAAAAGCCCUCAAGCUUAACUGCCCAGAGACGAACUUUCUCCCACUACGAGUUCGCAAACACAGUGAAAUGUGUUGUAGGCGCAACACCUGACUGCUAUGUUAGCUUUGUGUCGCCAUUAUAUGGGGGAAGUACCAGUGACAGAGCUAUUGUGCAACAGUCUGGAGUACUUGAUCUAUUCAAAUCAGGAGAUGGCAUCAUGGUUGACAAGGGAUUCAAGGUAGAUGACCUUCUGCCACGUGGUGUUGUCCUUCAUAUGCCUCCAUUUCGUAUUCCUGGAGAAGCGCAGAUGAGUGCCAAGGAUGUUGAAGCCACAAAGCAUGUUGCAAGUGCACGGGUGCACAUUGAAAGGGUCAUAAGAAGAAUCAAGGAGUUCCAUUUAUUGGACAGACCCUUACCUAUAAACAUGUUAGACAUAGCAGACGCAAUUUUCACAACAUGUGCAUUUCUCUCAAACUUUAGGCGACCACUAAUAAAUAAUGGGAAGGAAGUGGAGACAGACACCAUGUAAUAGAACACGAAAGCACGCGGUAUAUUUAUUUGGCGCACUUAAAAGGUGUCGUCAUGCACUAAAGUUUUAUGAUUCAAAGGAACGCACUAUGUGUGCGUCAGCCUUCUGAUAGUCAUUUUCAGAUUGUCCUCAUCACAAUGGUCAACUACAUAAAACCCCACAGCAUACUUCUUGUAGGACACGUAGCCUGCACCUGUAGUGUAAAGAAAUCCAAGGCGUCUGAUACGUCGUGUCAUGAGUUCUGGAAUUAUAGCAGCCUUAUAAAAGUACACCAGGCCCUGAAGUAUGUCUUUCCAAAUUUCUGCGUCAAAAUAUAUACGCUCCACUGAUAUGCAGUCUUGCAGGUCAGCAUGGUCUGUGAAGACUACAAAGUCGCACCAUGGCUUCUUCGCGACUCCCAUCUGUCCUUGUACUUGGUAGUAAUAAUAAUGGUCUUUUUUCAGGGUGACCUCACCAUUAGUUACUGCCAAGUAGAAACCUUUGUCAGCGCAGGCGUCAACAACUCUUUGGCCAGCUUUCGAAGCGGGGCACUUCACUUCUAGAAGCCCAUCCUCACUGCCAUCUCUCACAAGGCGAUCGGGCGAUGCGGCAAUGAAAGAAUGCAAUUCAUGAAUAUGCAAUCCUGUUUCCAUGACAUCUAUAUUUUUGUCAUAUAGCUGCAUGAAUUCUAGA